GACCCUGAUACACGGAGAUGCCCAUUCAAAGGUUCAUGUUAUCAGUCACUGUGAGGAUCUAGAGGUUUCUUUUCUUGUCAAGUGUGAAUAAGAGGUACCAUUUUACCCUUUUCUCAAGGUCCAAGAUAUGACUCGACACGAUGAGGUUUCGGAGCCAGUUGACAAAUAUUGCCACGUUCACUAAAUUCACAGCGUCACUCUCAUCUCUGGGGAAGAUAUGCUGGGUGCGGCUUGAGGAAGAGCAUGUACGCUUCACAAUCAUUCCCGACCAAGGAACCCAGGUAUGGGCGCAGUUACCAAUUGAAACAAUAUUCGAUUCCUACUCGUUCUCGGCUGCUGCAGGUGUGAUCAACCUCGAAGUUCCGAUAGCAGCUCUGCACCGGGCCCUUAAAUCGGCGACUGAUGCGGCGUCAGCAACUUUACGCCUGACCAAAAAAGGAUCUCAGCCCCUUCUUGCUCUAACAAUUGUCAGUUCCUCCUGGACAGAUGGCAAAAACGCCCUUGGCGUUUCUCCUGCCCCCGGAUCCACCUCCCGAACUCAAACGGGAAAUCCUACGCAGCCACCAUAUUCCACGGAACAAGAAGGUCCCCAGCUAGGACCACGCGAACGCGAGACAUUAAUCACCCAAGAAGUACCCGUCCGCGUGCUCCAUCCAUCCGUCGUGGAGACACUCCACGAACCACGUUGUCGCGAACCUGACGUUCACAUUAUUCUUCCCAGCUUAAUCCAGCUCAAAAACAUCUCUGAGCGAUUUAACAGAUUAGCUGCAGACACCAUGAAGAGUACCGGCUCCACUUUGGUCGGCGGCGUUAGCACCGGUCCAAAACUGGAGUUAAGUGCAAAUAUGCACGGUUCAUUGAGACUGGGGAUUGCGACGGAUACUCUGAAGAUCUCGAGUGUGUGGACAGGAUUGGUCAAUCCAGAGCUUGAUCCCGCGCAGGUAUCCCAAGACGAGGCGCAUGUGCUACCCAGUGAGCGAAUGAGGGCAUUAGGUGGGGAGAAUGGCGAAAACGAGGAGGGGUGGGCGACUGUACGAAUAGAUGGUAAAGACUGGGGACGCGUCUUAAGCGUCGGGCGACUGAGCCCAAGGGUCGUUGCUUGUUUCAUUCAUAAUACCGCUUUGAUUCUAUAUGUAUAUCUCCAGGAUAGCUGUAGCGGAGACGACUCCUGUUUAACCUAUUAUAUUAAUUCUUAUGCCACCUAAGACCGCAGUAAAUCAAUACCUUCCCAAACUGCAUACCAAACACACUGGCUGGAGAUAUUUCUGGCGCUUACGGUGGAUAUAACAAAGACGAAUAGGCUUCAGGUUUAUGGCAAAGGGGGGGGCCUUUCUCGCACCCAUGAGUUGGUCUGACCUAGAUAAAAU